CCGGAAAUGAAACGGAGCCACGCACGAAGAAAAGGCUGAAGCGCGAGCUCAUAGCACCGGCUGCAGGAGGGCAGCAUGAGGGGGACCGGCCGAAGCAAGGUGGUGACAUCAGGGAGGCUGACAGAAGGAGUCAAAGGAAAGCCGUGCAGGAGACGAGUGACUCCGGAUCCAGGACCAGGCUGCCCUGAACCAGCCUACUCUCUGUACUCCACAUGCACGGACCCUGAAGAGCAGGUCUCUUCACGCCAUAAGGGUCUGGACCGGUGUGCUGCCUUGCUCACUGGCAUCUUUCAGGCUGACAAGGCAGGCCUCCCCAGAGCAGUGAAGGGGGGAGCAGCUAAGUCCAGCCCAUGUAGCUCCCUCAGGAAGAAAGCCACCAGGACCACAAAGACGGACCAGAGGGGGCGUCAGCCAGUCCAACCUGUACCAGGCACCACAACCCUCCCUCCACCUGAGAAACCCACCUCCAUCCACCCACCUGAGAAACCCACCUCCAUCCACCCACCUGAGAAACCCACCUCCAUCCCUCCACCUGAGAAACCCACCUCCAUCCACACCUCCAUCCACCCACCUGAGAAACCCACCUCCAUCCACCCACCUAAGAAACCCACCUCCAUCCACCCACCUGAGAAACCCACCUCCAUCCACCCACCUAAGAAACCCACCUCCAUCUAUCCACCUGAGAAACCCACCUCCAUCCACCCACCUAAGAAACCCACCUCCAUCUAUCCACCUGAGAAACCCACCUCCAUCUAUCCACCUGAGAAACCCACCUCCAUCUAUCCACCUGAGAAACCCACCUCCAUCUAUCCACCUGAGAAACCCACCUCCAUCUAUCCACCUGAGAAGCCCACCUCCAUCUAUCCACCUGAGAAACCCACCUCCAUCUAUCCACCUGAGAAACCCACCUCCAUCUAUCCACCUGAGAAACCCACCUCCAUCCACCCACCUAAGAAACCCACCUCCAUCUAUCCACCUGAGAAACCCACCUCCAUCUAUCCACCUGAGAAACCCACCUCCAUCUAUCCACCUGAGAAACCCACCUCCAUCUAUCCACCUGAGAAACCCACCUCCAUCCACCCACCUGAGAAACCCACCUCCAUCCAUCCACCUCGGACCUCCACCUUUCCUGGCCGUGCCCAGACCUCCAUCUCAUACCCAUACUGUAAGGCACAGUGCGAUAAAGAGUUUGUUCCUGUGAGAGACAUCAAUGUCCAACGCUCAGCUGUCAGACAGGUGUGCUCCUUGAAGAUGUCCAACAUGCAGCCUGGACAGGUGGAUGAGGUCCCUCAGGACCUUCACAGCAGGGCAGAGACGGACGUGAAAGGGAAGACCGUUCAGUCUCUGCUUGGAGAACUCAAGGCUCUGAUUGCUGGACAAGGCAGUGUAGCAGAGAGGCUGCUCAGUCAUCUGGAGCAGAUGGUGUCUUCAACACUGAUGUGUCGUGGUAGUUCAAACAUCUGGACUGAACCAGAACUAUCACUUCACAGCCAGAACACCCAGCUCUGCAGGCGUGUGAGGAUUCUUAACCAGCAGUUGAAGCAGAAGGGGAGAGCAGACACACAUCAGAACCCGGAGAUGCUAGUGUUUACUCUGCAGGAGGAGCUCGGUGCUGCUCAGUCCCGGCUGCAGGACCUCCAGGAGGACCACGCAGAACUACGGAAAGCCCUGGAGGACCGAGAGGCAAAGAACGCUCUCAUCCAAACAGACUUGGAGGCCACGAGAAGCAGGUUGCUGGACAGCGAGCGAGAGAAAAGUGAGUUGGCUUCACUCGCCCAGCAAAGACUGGAAGACCUAGGAAACCUGAACAGGGUUCUUCAGGGUCACGAUUCAUCCAAUCGUCCUCCAGUUGUUGACGGCUCAGACACUCAACAACAUCUGAACCAGCACAGACCAGGUCUAGCAGAGCCCCCCACUGACCGCAUCACCCAGUUUCUGAUGUCUCUGGGUCCGCUGCAGCCACCUUCCACGGAGCUGGUGUGUGUGGCUGCAGAGCGAGGCCCAGCCUCACAGCCUGGUGUCAGACCUGUAGACUCAACCCGCCCCCAGCCUGCUCACCUGGACCCGUCGCACGGUUUACAGGAAGUGCGGUCGCGUGCGACGGAGCGCCGGCGUCUGUCCCGCUGCGACGUGGACUCGGUGUGGUCCGACUGCAGCACGAGGUCGGGGUCCAGCUUCGACACCAGAGACGAGGUGGCGUUCAGAGACGGCCUGGCGGCUCUGGACGCCAGCAUCGCCAGUCUGCAGAAGACCAUUCAGCUGGAUCUGGGGAGGUGAUGAUGAUGUGGACUACAUGUGUAUGUGGUCUUGAUGGAGACCUGGUGGUCCGUCUGGUCUUCAGGGUGGGGGGCUAAUAAUCUUCCGCUGUUUUUUGUUGUUUUGUCUUUCCAACCAGAUUGACAUCAAUAAUUGUAAAUGGAAUAUUUACAUGUUUUGUAUAAUGUAAAUAAAU